CUGGUUGAAGUAUCUUGUGCACUGUUUGUUCUUACGUGCGUUCGUUCGAUAUUUUUAUGAUAGCGUCGAGUUUUUUUUAUCGCGACUUGUUUUCUUACAGGUUGAUAUUACGAGUAUUUUCACCGACUCGCAUCGCUUUUGAAUCAUCAAAAUGUUCUAAUUUUUAGCUAUGAUCGUAUUGAAAGUGCGCUCACCUGGUUAUUUUUAACAAUAUUUUUUUUUUUAAACAAAGUGAAUUUAUUUGGAAUUUUUUCGUGACGUGAUUAACUAAUUUUGUAGUGUGUAUUAUUUUGAAAAUUUUUGCCGGGUCUCUGGAUCAUUCGAAAAUAGUUUCAUCGGAAUUAUAUUGCUGAAAUAUGGAUAUGACUCAUAUGAAAGAUUCAUCUUCUUAAAAUGCACUCACCAUCAGUUACCUAACACUCGAUCGGAAUGAAAACAUUACCAAUACGAAACCGAAACCGAUAAUUUAUUAUGACCGAAUGUCUUCGCCAUCGACAUUAUCGAUAUCUCGGUUCCAUUCAAAUGAUGACUCUGUCAAGAUCCCAAAUAGACGCUUCGACUGUGAUAAUACAAUUUAAACAAGAUUUUCUCCGAAACGUGUUCGAAUUCCAAAAGCAAAUUCGCUUUAAAUAUUGUUUCCAUAUUUUAAUAUUUCUACUUUACCAAAUGAUAACAAGAUGCAAGUGUGAAGGUUCCAUAUUAUUCAGUGAAAGUAUAAUUUCUGACAACCGUACCUCGAUAAUGUCAUAUACCGAUGAUCGAUUAGAGCAUCAUUCAACCUUGUCCCCGCAGAUGAAUUUAUACACGGUGGCAGCAGCUGUCGCAUCUUACGAUGGUAGCGAUUCUAUGCAUAUCAUUAGGAAUAAUUUAGGUGACACAUUUAUGGACGAUGAUCAAAAUUGGAGUUCAUGUUCGACCGAUAAAUGUACCAGCAGAAGCAGCGGAACAGCCACCAUUGCAUUAGAUUCUUACAUCAAUAAUAGCGACGGGAAAAAAACACGAUUCAACCGUUACAAUAACAAUUUGUGUUAUUGCCGUUGUUUACCAAACUUUCCAGCCUUCAGAGAAGAUCUGCAUGUAUGUGUGGACGAUAUUCACGAAUGCGCGCUAGUCACUUUCGUCUCUGGAAACGUUCAGCAAAAGAUUCCUUACGUUUUUCUUCCAUUGAGAGGACAAAUUGUGUACCCCAAUGCGGAAAUUUACUUUAGCGGUUUGAAAUCUGUUCCAAUUUGUAUCAUUUCGAGAGUUCGUUACCUGAGUCGAAGUGGCUGGAACGAUAUAAAAAAUAAUAGCAUACCUGGAAGCGAAAGCACUGCGAUUCCAUUCAAACUCUUUCACGACGAACGGCAAACUUUCAUUCAAUGGCUGGGUGAUUCUGAUUUGCGAUCCAGCUUGUCAGGACGUCUCAUUUUGAUGGAUUUGAUUUGCAAAGAAAAAGAUAGUCAGUUAAUAUUCACUCCAUGUGUAUCGUUCAGAAUCGCUGGCAUGCCCAGUUUAAAAUCUGUGAGCGUUGAAGAAGUCUUUGACGAAGCAGCAGGCAACAGCAAAAAUUCGAGAUUUUCCUCAAACGAAUACAUCGCAUUAGGAUUAGCCACUUUGUUACUCGCGAUGAUCUACGUAGCUUCUGUCUUCCUUUACCUUCAUCUAAAGAAAAAUAAACUGAAAGAGAAGUCAAUCCGACGAGGAAGCGCUUUUCAAAAAUUUGGCAGCAUGGAAGAUAACGCAUCCCACUUAUUUGGCGAAAAUCAAUCAAAAAAAUUAAUCGUUGAAGAAGAAGGACUUAUAAAGAACAAUCCAUUAUUGAUGAAACGAUAUUGCCCCAGUUCAGUUAUGGACAAUGCUCCCGGAUCUAAUAACGAUGGCAAUAGAUUAUCUGGAGAAAACACAUUUUGUUCAUUAACGAGUAAUAAUGAAAAAACCAAUAGCUUCAUUGGGAAGUCUGAUGAAAUGGGAUUGUGCAGAAAUCAAAAUAAAAUUGUAUCUGCAAUCAUACACCCGAGACGACUCAACGAUAUCCCAACCAAUGUGCAGAAAUUCGAAACAAACGAGCAGCAAAAAUGGCACGUUUUUGCCAAUCGACCAAUCAAUCCUUUUCAUCAGCAUUUUUUACAAAACGAUGACAACUGUAAUUCGCUUAUUCGAAAUGGUCAUUGCGAACGUCAGCAACAAAUGGAAAUCAGCGGUAUUGAGGAAAAGCACCCUGAUGAAAAUAUUUCCAUCGUUGAAUGCCCCGAAGACGUUAUAAAAACAAAUUCCAAGCAUAAGUUGUACUUCAAUCCAGCUUACUUUGAACCGGAAUUGCUCAUGGCUCCACCUCCUGCAGCAGUCGAAUUCCUCACAAAGAUCCGAGAAGUAAUGACCAUCGCUAAGAGAAAAAUGUCAAUGAAAAAAUUCUUACCCAGUCUGACGGAAAUCCCAGAAGAACGUCAAAGCUACGUCGAAUCGAAAUGCAGUUUCGAAAACAAUACGUUCUCUUCGGUAUCCAAUAAAAACAAAAAAUCCCAAUCAGACGAUAAUUCCAAACGUAAUAUUACACCACUCGCAAUCAAUGCAGAAUACAGAACGACCGAAGAUAAAGAAAAACGUCAAAUUAUACAACAAUGGUUGCAAAGCAUACCUCCAAUGUCUGAAGAAAUAUGCAACCAUAUUUUCAAGAAUAAAAAUAAUUACGACAGUAAUAAAUUCGUAGUAGACGAAAAGAAAUAUCCCCAGAUUUCAGAAAAUAUUAUCCAGAACACAUCGCACGAUCUACAAAUAUCAAAUUCGAGUGGCGAUGAUUUGAAAAGGUCAACAAAUGAACCAAAUGUGGCUUUUAGAAAUGCAAAUCCUCAAAUGUGUGCUCCUGCAAAUGAGAACAAUUUCAAUUCUACUGACAUCCACGAUGGAUUGGUUGCAGACUCUCCGCCAGCUAUACCACAAAGAGACUCUAGCAAUCAAUACAAACCUAAAGUGCCUCUGAGGAAGAAAUCUUCGAGUUUGAACAAAAAUACAUCCUCAAUUUGUAGCAGUGAAUCGAAUGUAAAUAUUGACAGCUUAGAUAAACCUAAAAUCGUACCAGAUUUACUGGACGAUUACGAUAAUGAAGAUCACAUGCCUCCUAAUGUGACCCUAAGAUCCACCAAUAACAGCUUCAGCUCGAGUCUUCCUUUAGAUGAAGAACUCACGAUGCAUAAUGCAAUCUACAACGUUGUAACUGGAAGUACAACUUUAUCCAAGUUGAAAGCUAGGUACGAAACUUUCGACUGCAGAUCUGCCCAACAGAGAAGCAACAGCUCGUGCUUCGAUAAAGAAAAACGAGGCCCUGAUGGAAAAUACAGUUUGGUGACAGAAGUUUACGUGAACGAUGGAUACGACAGUAGUGAAACAAGUCUGACUUCGUUGAAUUCUUUGAGAGAAAUAGACAACGAAAUUGAAAAACCGCCCAGUCUAGUUCGAAAAAGUGACGAAUCUAGUCGAUUAAUGAUCCAAUUAAAUGACUGUCCUCUGUUCUAUUCGGUCGAAAAUGUAGAAGAUUUCGAGCCCGAUACACUGGACAGGAAACCGAGUAAAGAAAAUGAUAAUUCGUCGAAUCCGAUGAACUUCGUAGAUUCUUUGGAAAGACCUGCGAUAUCAUUACGUACUUAUGGUAGUUUUAGGCAAGAUCCAUCCUCAAAUUUCAACCCCAGUGGUACCAAUUUGAGAAAAAAAUUCGGCAGCUUGCAAGAAAUUUACGAAUUACGACGUAAAACAGAAGACGAAUGUAACCGAUUUCCUAUUAAAUUUACUAACGAUUCGCCCCAAUCGUUGAACUCCAAUAUAGAGAACAUGCUGUGGCGUAAAAAUAAUAAAUGCGAGUCUCGUCAUCGUUACCGUCAAAGAAAAUUAUCACCUCCGCCUCCUUUACCCCAAAAUGGUGGCGGUGUUUCAUUACCAUAUAUUCCAGCAAAAAUCACAAAACCUCCUUUACCUCCCAAGAAAAAUGAAACAGCCGAAUUUAAAAUGCCUGAAGCUCACAUAGGUUAUAAAUCUAAUAGUGUUCUGAAUUUACCAAGUUUUCUGGCAGAUUGCACUUCGAUGAACAGAAACGAAUUGAAUGUUUGCUUUAAUAAUAACGUGUGGACGUAUAGGCCAGAAGAUUCGGGGUAUUUAAGUAGUUCGGAUUCUGAUAAAAGUAAGGUAUACUUUAAAGAGAAAACUUUUCAUCGUAGUAAUGUCGCUGAUACUGGUCAGAGGAAUAAUGAAGAUUACGAAGAUGACGAUAACGAUGACGAUAAUGAUUCGUUGUCUUGUUGCAACGAUGGUAAUAGUGAAUCGGGGGCUGAGAGUAUUGAAACUAAUUUUAAAUUUUAUAAGAAUCGAGGCAAACCUGCCCGAGAAAACUUUCAAGCUAAAGAAAUUUACGCUACUGUGAAUAACUGACUGUGUAAUUAGUUCUAUAAGAGUAUAAAAAAUAGACGAUUAUUUUUUUUGUUU